AUGGCCGCAAUAACAUCGCUUGGUCUGCACAAGCCAUCAGCUUUCGGAUACCUGGUAGCAGAGUCAAUACUUCCUGCGGAUGCACCUGAAGAUAGCUAUACGUGGCGAUGCUACAACUCUGAGGGUGAGAACGGCGGGAUAAUUGAAGAGGAGCUUCUCUACACGGACAAGUGCGUCGUCUGGUCGCGCGGUGGGAUCGUUAAGCGGUCUUUCAAUUUCGAUGUCGAAGGCGAGAGCAUUGUGGAAGCACUCUUCACCUAUUUUCCUGCAGGCAAGGCGAAUGCUGGAAGAAGAACUGGAUCAGCAAAUGACCAAACAUCCCAGGCAAAUGCCCAGGACCAUACUGCAACCUCCCUCAAAAGCAAGAAUUCAGGCCGCUUAAAUGGAAAGAUACGCAAGAGAGUUGUCAUCCAGGACCAAAAGGACUCCAGUGGCGUUCCAGGACUCAGUAUACUUGAAAAUCAAAGCAGUAUUGAACCCUCUAGAGCGCUGGUCAUAGUGCUUAAAUCGCAAAUCCACAUAUACUUCAUCUCUGGUGAUAGUCAUGUCAUUCCAUUGCCAUUUGAGCUUGACUCGAUAUGGCCAACCCCAAAUGGGCUAUUAUUCCAACGGAAGUUGCCUGAGAAACAUGGUGUGCCAGUACCAUCUGCUCCUCAAAAUUCUUUCAUUUCUUCUCAGUCUAUGCAUCCUAUGUCGGGACAUUCUGCCUCGUUUAAGCGCUCCAGUGGGACGGGAAAUCGGUCAUUAUUAACGAUUUCUCCCUCUCAAACCUCAAAAUUCCUUCUUAAACCCGAAAAGGAUGACUCGGCCCCUCGUGUCUUCUCCCUUCUUGACCCCCACUCAGAAAUGGGGUUGGUGGCAGUCUCUUCCUCUUCACACGAUGACAACACCCAUAGGCGUACUGAUAUUUUGAAUCCAAUUGAGGAACUUCUCUAUGUAUCCCCCACUAGUGAAAUCCCUUUGGGCGUGUCUACAAAGGGCAGUUCUCCUCUGAUUCUACUGGUCACCCUAAACCCGAAGUUAGGAAUGCAUAACAUAUGGGCUACUCGAUACAGACCCAAGGAAUCCCUUGUAUCCUCGCAGAAUCAGCGGAGGAAGUCGUCGAGCACACACUCGAAACGAAGAAGCUCCCACUUUGAUAUUACUACGGGGACGACAACGCCCACCGGUCCAGGACCAUCCAAUCUUAGGGAAAGCUUUGGGGGAAAUGGUCAGGGAUGGAAUUCAUCUCAGCAGUUUAAUUUUGAGAGUAAACAAGAGGGUACCGCAGACCUUGCGGCACAACUCGGACAGGAAUUUGAGGACGUUGGUGUGACGUCUAAAGCUUCAAGGAGAGUGAGCUCUUUACUUGCUCGUAGCGACCUAAUGGCAGCCAAUGAUAGAACAACAUUCUCCGACAUUGUGGGGAGCCAACUUAAGUCCUCCUUCCACGGCGGAUCACGAAGGGGUGAGUCCUUUGGGGGGAGCGUCCUUCGCCUCAGCCAGAGCUUCAAUCGAAGAAGCUCCCUCCCUCCCGGGACUGCAUCGGUGUAUAGCAAUGGUAGCAGCUUUCUUGAUGCUCCUGUUGAUAAGCUUCUGGAGAGUUUAAAUAACGGCGGUGAUUUUGAUGGGUUUGAAAGUAUGGGAAUCAAAGAAACAGUGUCUAAUCUACCUCGAGAAGUUAUCCUUUCGAAAGUGGGAAGCGUACCAUCUGGGGUUGUAACCACCAAUGCCCUCCCCCCACACAGCCAAAAAGUACAUCAGUUUAAAGUCUUCACUUUGUCUUCAUCUGACGAGUCGACCUUGAAGGACUCUGAAUCAACACCACUGGCAGUUUGCAUCCUCAAUCGAAAUUCGAAAGAUCUGGUUGUUGUAACCCUUAGUGCUCAACUUUUGGGUCCUCAGGCCCGUCGAAAUGAAAAGAGAGGCAAUGGUUUCACAUACAAAGUUCGUGCACUCAACGUUCGUCAUGGGUCAAGCGUAUUGGACUGCUGCAAGUUGGUCGAUAGGGACAUCUCACGGAUGUUGGUACUUUCUUCUACCAGUGACGGUCGAGGAGAACUUACUAUCCAAGCCCCAUGGAGCACCCUGGUGAGGGUAGAACUUCCAUGUAGUAUGAUUCUCUACGAGCCAUCCAACAUAUCCCUGGAAUCGACUCCUUCAAAUCUCCGUGAAGGAGGCCACAGACGAGUUUUAUGCAAGACCCCUUUGAUUAUGCGUAGCCUCGCUCAUUCUACUGCUAAUGGUAAGGUGGAUAUUAUUGAUGAACAAAAUAGAAAACAUAGGGUACAGAUCCAGCUACAGCCCCACAAUUCACUUGUUAGACGGGUACUCUCUCUUUGUCGGUAUGUUCUACGACAUUCGGAGAAAUCUGGGGAUGGUAUUCAUAUAGGGUGGUGGCAAGCUCUCAAAUGGCUUCGUGCAAGGGACGUGAGAGAAGAGAAUUUGGAAUGGACUGCUCUGGUGGUCAUGCUUUUCUCGAUGGCCGUUUAUUUCAUUGAUGAUAUCUCUACCGACACGAAAGCCCCGCUGCGAAGGGAAAAGAGAUGUAGCCUCAUGCGAUCUAGCACAGGCAGUUCAAUUGACUUGACAGAUUGGCACAGUAUGGUGGACCAAGAAUCAGGCGCGGCGGGUACUUCUGCGCCGUGGAUGACUACCACUGCAUGGGAUUGGAUACGAGAAGAAAAUACCAAGUACACAACGGAUGCACCCCGGAGUGACCAACCAAUGGACGACCACAAGGCAGACAACCAGUCAAGUGAUAAAAAUUCAUAUAUUACUCGAUGCUCACAGCUUGCUCGGGAUUUCCUCUCCUCUCCACAGGGCGAGGCAGCCACUGGUGGAGAUGGUUAUCUUCCUAUAGCUAUUUCACGAGACCAAGGCACACGAAGAACUGCUCUUGGUACCAUCCUAGUAGGUCUACAUCUUCUUCGCGAGGAGCUAAAGUUAUCUAUUACAAAUACCGAUAACUCGCGUUCCGAAAGAGGACUCCUACUCCCCAUUCUUUCCCAGAUCGGAGGAUGGUUGGGCUGGGAUUCUUGGGCCUGGAAAGAAGGCAGUUACUACGCCACUGAAACACCUGGAAUUGACAGUUGGGGAUUCGAAGAUACCAGGAUUACAGGACUGGACAUGCCUCCAGAGCCUUUCGCACCCCCAUCUAUCUUCAGUUUUAUUGAGAAUUCAUUCCAGCGCACUCCUUGCACCUUUCUAACGCUAAUGGAUGUCGUGUCUAGCUCCACCAUCAAACCUGGAGGCGGUAGGAUCUGGGACCAAGCAGUUAAUUUAACCCCUAGAACCUUGGCCCUUACCGGGCUUUUCUCUGAAAUUGGAAAUAAGCAAUCUGCCCCAGAUCGGGUAGCCUUGUUGCUUCGCUGGGGUAUCACAGCCUCUAUGAUUGAUACUCUUCCCGACGGUAUCAGCACGCCUUUACACGAGGCUAUUUUUAGUUGUCAAGGGGAUCCUCCGCUCUCCUGGGGCUCGUCACUACUCGAACUUGUGGAUAGAGAGGAUCUAUUCCUUUCAACAUCCUGCGAGAUCAUUCAUCUCCCAUCUUCUCGUUCUCAGUUCAUUCAGCCUCACGAUGCCCUUCGAGAUGUCCGACACAUCGGAAAUUCAAUGCUCGACAGUAGCCUGACUAAUUCAUUUGAACUUUCUACGGAAGCUGACCGCCACUGUAUAACCAAGCUGAUAUUCCGUGAUGAUAGACGGUUUUUUGAGGCUGCAAGAAUUCUUAAUCAGAUGAAAGCACCAACAGCGGAAUGCUUGCCUGAGCCUGACUGGUCCGAAUCCGACCUUCUAGAAGCACAAAAAGAUCUUGUACAGCUGGUAACAUUGAGAACAUUGUCCAUUCCCGCAGGACGGGCUAUGCUUUGUUUUGAUGGACGUGUCCCACUUCUUACCGAGAAGCUACCUAUCCCAGCUUUCUCACUACAAUGUGUCAUGAAGCCGUCAAACGUUACAAUCAGCGCUGACAGGUCAGCGUUUGCGGAGGAAAAAGCAUGCUGGGCUUUCUUUCAUAACGGAGUAUCUACUGGGUUGGCAAUUUCAAAAUACGCCAAAGGGAUUGACACUUCGUGGAUAUUGUAUAAUAAACCUAACGAUCUCACGAACCGACAUGCUGGAUUUUUACUCGCAUUGGGGCUAAACGGGCAUUUGAAAACCCUUGCAAAAUGGGUAGCGUUCAAGUACUUAACUCCGAAACACACUAUGACCUCCAUUGGUCUGCUUCUAGGGUUAUCCGUAUCCUACCUUGGAACCAUGGACCCUCUGAUUACCCGACUACUUUCGGUCCAUGUUACGCGGAUGCUUCCGCCAGGCGCAGCGGAGCUAAAUUUAUCCCCUCUGACGCAGACAACGGGUAUAAUGGGAAUAGGGCUAUUAUAUUGCAAUUCCCAACACCGUCGUAUGAGUGAAGUGCUGCUUUCUGAAAUCGAACACAUGGAUGAAGAAGAGGCUUCAAUUUCCAAGGAGCCGUUGCGCUACGAAGGGUACCGUCUUGCUGCCGGCUUUGCAUUAGGGUUCGUUAACUUAGGGAGGGGAAAAGAUCUCCAAGGCCUUCAGGAUAUGCGUAUUGUUGAGAGAUUGCUUGCAUUGGCUGUGGGAACAAAAGAGGUGGAUUUGGUCCAUAUUCUCGAUAAGGCUACAGCCGGAGCGACGGUUGCAAUAGCUAUUAUAUUCAUGAAAUCGAAUGAUAGAGCCCUAGCCCAGAAGGUGGAUAUACCGGACACAGAAGUGCAAUUCGACUAUGUUCGCCCUGACAUCUUUCUUCUUCGAACAUUAGCAAGACAUAUCAUUAUGUGGGACUCCAUCAAAGCCAGCCAAAAAUGGAUACGAAAAAGCCUUCCAUCAUUUUAUAGACGGAGGUACAUUUUAUCGGAAAUCAGACGGCUUAGCACCGACGACAUGCCCUAUUUCAACAUAGUUGCUGGUCUCUGCUUUGCGCUGGGUCUCCGAUUUGCUGGAUCAGGGUCUAUCGCAGCGCGAGACCUUCUUGUGGAACAUCUGGACCAGUUCAUACGGAUUUGUCGUAUACCGGCCCUUAAUUAUGAUGCAAAACUAACACAGAACUCUGUGCGGAACUGUCAAGAUAUUAUUGCACUCUCUGCUGCAGCUGUUAUGGCUGGAACCGGUGACCUAGUGACGUUUCGUCGGAUACGUUCCUUGCACGGCCGUGUCGAUGUUGACACCCACUACGGAAGCCAUAUGGCAACUCAUAUGGCACUGGGUAUGCUAUUCCUGGGUGGGGGGACCUACACACUAGGCACAUCUAACAUAGCUGUUGCAUCCCUUCUCUGCUCGUUGUACCCGGUUUUUCCAACAAGUGUCCUCGAUAACAACUGCCACCUUCAGGCAUUCCGCCACCUGUGGGUCUUAGCCGCUGAGCCUCGAUGUCUAGUCCCCCGAGAUCUUGACACGCGACGUCCUGUCACGAUUCCAGUGUCACUGACACUUCGUACAGGGGAGGUGAAAACAGUCACUGCCCCUUGCCUUCUCCCUGAGUUAGAUGAGGUAUCUUUAAUCAAAAUCGCGAGUGCCGACCACUGGAGCAUUACGCUGGACGUUGCCAGCAACGAGAGUCUACGAAGCAAAUUCCAGAACGGAGGCCAGUCCAUCUACUUAAGAAGACGUGCGACUCACAAUGAUUCAGAACGCUCGGUAUUCUCCACCACCAUUGCCGCGCUAAGUGAUGCCCAAGACAUCCCCCCACCCGCAGCAAUCCCUAGAAACACAAGACCCUUCUAUGCCAUGCCUCCUGUCAGUCUUCAUGCUUCGCUGCAGCCCAGUGAAAAGGGACCAGGCCAGGCUCGCAUGCCGCCGCGUCAUAUAUGGGAUUACAUAUUUGAUCUCCCCGCAUUCUCAUCACUAGAUAUGUCCGAACGGGUGGUUGUACUCCCGCAGGUUCCAUUCCACGAAUCCCUAAAACUGCUCUCUAAUGGAAAGAGACGAAACAGGAUUAGUUCUCCAUCCUGGCUCCGUCCUACCUCUGUUGACACACGGCUCGUUCUUGACAGAACCCUGCGCAACCUUGUCUCCGCAGCAGCUAGACGCGGAGUGGGUGAAGAAGUGACUCGAGAUCGUCUCUGGCAGCUACGGCUGCUGUUUGCAUGGACUGAUAGUGCUACGAAUAAUAGCAGUGACGAUAGUGAUGGCCACGGUAGAGAUGUGUGUUCGUCAAAUAGCAGAUGGCUGAGGCAACAAGUCAUUGAAGAUGCUCGAUGGAAGAUCUGGAGAAUACAGUCGGGAGACACAGGAGCCUUAGAUGUAGAAUUAACAUGA